AUGACUAAAUCAACACCUUCAUUGUCUCGAUUUACUACCGAUCUACGAGUGAUCAAUUUCGUGUUUUUCUUAAUUUGGUUUGCCGCAGUUCGAUAUUGUCAAAAGACCACCUACUACGACCCGUCCUCAUAUUUCUUUCGCUCCGAUGCCGCCUACCGACCGUUCUACUCGGCUGUGAGAGAGCAGGAAGCCGACAAUUUCCUAGCUUCUCAGAGCGCACAGCAUAGCAGAUUAAUAAAAGGAGCAGAAGGAAGCGCCCGACAGCCCGCUCCAUACUGCGUCGGCAUUCCAACCCUCCAGAGAGAGCGGGCGCAGUUCUUUCCAAGGACGGCAGCAUCCCUCGUCGACUCAUUGACACCCGAAGAGCGAGAGCUCAUUCAUAUUGUUGUUCUGUUGUCUGAUGUCGAUGCGACAGUAAAUUCGGCAUUUGGGCAAGACUGGCUUCAUGCGAUUGCCGAUACAGUCAUAGUUCACGAAGAUACGCCAGAGAAGCUGGUCGCUGAAAAUGGCUAUCAGACGAUACCGCGACAUUCCGAAUUUGCCGCUAGAGACGAGCGUGUAAGACGCGACUAUUCUGUCCUUUCCGAGACUUGUCGUCGAAACGAGGCAGACUACUUCAUUCUUGUUGAAGACGAUGUUAUUGCCGCGAGAGAAUGGUUCAAGCGGCUCCGAGUGGCAACCCCUCAAGUAAACGAGCGCGCAGUUGCCAAAGGCCGAGAUUGGCUUUACAUCCGACUCUUUUACACCGAGACUUAUAUGGGAUGGAACUCGGAGGAAUGGCCGCUAUAUAUACGGAAUAUUGGGCUCAUAUACUUGGCCGUGUUGAGUGCCAUGUUCGCGAUUCGCUAUCUCCACCAACUGGCUCCGCCGUCUCUCAAGGAUCGAACAUAUAAAAACUCCAAGCUCUUGAUGGCAAAUGUACUGUUUAUAUGGGUGCCUCUUUUCAUUGGGCUUGGAUUCAUGGCUGGUCGAUUAACUGUCAAUCCCCUUCCAUAUGGGGUGCAAGAGAUGCCACAAUACGGCUGUUGCAGCCAGGGCUUGGUUAUACCAAACCGACACCUGAACUUGCUGCAAGAGAAGUUACAGGCGUCUCCGUUUGACCUACCUGCCGACUCUACCAUUGAAAAGACAGCUAACGAUCUCGAGCUGGACAAAUGGGCACUUGUGCCCAGCGUUCUUCAGCAUAUUGGAGCGCGAGGAUCAUCGGCUAAAGGCGGCGCCCUUAAGUCAACAUGGAAUUUUAGUUUUGAGAGGUUUUAUUCAGCAUAA